GGCGCCAAAUCUUUUUAUCUUAUCUAUUCCUCUUCUCUUCCUCUCCUCCGCUGUGAAGCGAUGUCGGCUUUGUGUGCGGCCUACCAUCCCCGCCUCCUCCUCUGCCGCAAUCCCACCCCAGCAUCGCCGGCGGCUGGUCGCCGGCGGCAUCCGCUACCGGUCCGGUGCGCCACGGUGACGGAGGAGAAGAGGAGUGCGCGGGUGGCGACGGUGAAUAACGGCCGCGACUCGCUGACCAUAUGCCGGGUGCUGAACGGGAUGUGGCAGACAAGCGGCGGGUGGGGGCGGAUUGACCGCGACGCCGCCGUCGAGGCCAUGCUCCGCCACGCCGACGCUGGCCUCACCACCUUCGACAUGGCCGAUCACUAUGGACCUGCGGAGGACUUGUAUGGUAUUUUCAUCAACAGAGUCCGCCGGGAGCGCUCACCAGAGUUGCUUGAAGAAGUUAAGGGCCUUACAAAGUGGGUGCCACCUCCAGUUAAGAUGACAGGCAGCUAUGUUCAGGAGAAUAUCAACAUAUCACGGAAGAGGAUGGAUGUUGCUUCACUGGACAUGCUUCAGUUUCAUUGGUGGGAUUAUUCCAAUCCUGGAUACCUCGAUGCCCUAAAACACCUAACUGAUCUGAAAGAAGAAGGUAAAAUCAAGACUAUAGCUUUGACUAACUUUGAUACUGAAAGAUUACAUAUAAUACUGGAAAAUGGGAUCCCAGUUGUUAGCAAUCAGGUACAACAUUCUGUUGUAGACAUGCGCCCUCAGCAGAGAAUGGCAGAACUUUGUCAGCUUACAGGAGUGAAACUUAUAACGUAUGGGACUGUAAUGGGUGGUCUACUUUCUGAAAAGUUUUUAGAUACCAAUGUGUCGAUUCCCUUUGCUGGCCCUCCUCUAAAUACACCAUCUCUGCAGAAGUAUAAAAGGAUGGUUGAUGCUUGGGGUGGAUGGAGUCUCUUCCAAGUUUUGCUUCAGACACUGAAGAGGGUAGCUUCUAAACAUGGGGUCUCAAUCCCAACUGUUGCUGUUAGAUACAUACUGGAUCAGCAAUCGGUUGCUGGAUCGAUGGUAGGUGUUAGACUUGGUCUUGGAGAACAUAUUCAGGAUACAAAUGCUGUAUUUUCUCUUGCUCUGGAUGAAGAAGACAUAAACGAAAUCACAGAGGUAUCCAAAAAGGGAAAGGAUUUGCUUGAAGCAAUUGGCGACUGCGGUGAUGAGUAUAGGCGAGCAUAAGUUUAUGCUUGGCCUAAUAUCGCAUAAUUGUUGAUGUUGAGACAGUGGCUCUCCUGAAACUGCCAUUUGAUUGUAACAUCAAUCAAUAUCAGUGGCUAUCAAAUAUUGACAGAUUUGGAAUCUGUGGUAUAUUGAAAAUAUAAGAUGCAGCUGAUGUUCUUCCUGUCCGCCACUAGAAGUUGCAUCUGACACUUUUGAAGUGGAAUUUGCCAGUACUUAAGAUCGUAGUGCGAAUGCUCCACUUGAUUGGGAUCGUGAAAGCAAAAUGACAACCGUUGUACAGUGUACUUUUUAUAUCACCGUUUUAGAUAACGGUGUUAUUGCUGUUGUAAUGGCCAUUAUUAGGGUUCCACCACCUAUUAUUAUGUUAUUUAGGAACAUAUAAUGGAAAAUAUAAUGGCUGUGCUAUCUUUUAUUAUAAUGGACUGUUAUAGCA